CCUUUUGCGCCUUUUCACGUUUUGAACUUUCCGGUCGGGAGUUGAUUCAGGAGGCGAUUCCGGUUGCUUGUUUGCCGUGGUUCUGUUGUCUGAAGUGUGCGUGGAGUUGUUUGAGCUCGAACUGGCAGCUGCACAGCUUUAUGGAACUUUGUUUAGGAUUGAAUGUCACGUCGAAUUUGGAAUCUGCUACGUAUAGAAUUUCGCGUUAUGGGACACUUCGAGUUUUUUGAUGAUGUGCUUUGAGUUUGUCUUAAGUUUCAAGUUGGCGUUAUACGGGUUAUCAUCCUGGUACUAGUCCUAAAUCUGCAAUCAUCUCGGCCAUUUCUAACAUCUGCUUUGUUCAACACAAGCGUGGAAGGAAUUUAUAACAUGUCCCUGUUUGCUUCAAAGUUGAUAAGAGCAGGGGACAGCAUUUUGAAGGUCCCUUUCAACGUGGAAAUAUCACCAGAUGAUCUCCUUCCUGAAAUUAGGUCCUGUAAAGUAGGAAAUGUAGCUAAACUUGCUACCGUCGUCCUGAAAGAACAGAAAAUGGUUCAGGAUUCUGAGUGGGCUCCUUAUAUAAGAUGUCUUCCUUUGCCCAAGGAGAUGCAUAGCAUGGUAUUCUGGAGCGAUGAGGAGUUGGAGAUGAUUAAAGAAAGCUUGGUUUAUCAAAGAACCAUUGACAAGAAAGUUGGAAUGGAGAGAGAUUUUUCAGUACUCAGACAUGCUCUUGAUUGUCACUUGCCAGAAGUUUCCAAGGAUAUGAAAUUUGAAGAUUUUAUGCAUGCAUGUGCUUUGGUGGAAUCUCGCGCGUGGGAAAGCAGCAAGGGCUAUUCUCUGGUUCCUUUUGCAGAUUUUCUUAACCAUGAUGGGCUUGCAAAAGCAGUUUUGUUGAGGGAUGAACAAAAACAAUUCUCAGAGGUGAUUGCUGAUCGCAAUUAUGCUCCUGGUGAACAGGUACUAAUAUCAUAUGGAAAGUUUUCGAAUGCUGUCUUAUUGUUGGAUUUCGGGUUUACCAUUCCACACAACAUUUAUGAUGAGGUUCAGAUCCAAUUCAAUGUUCCUCUUCAAGAUCCUCUAUACAAAAUGAAGCUGUAUCUUCUGCAAAGACAUUGCUUGCAGAUAACUCGCAAUUUUGGCAUUUCCAAGUGUCCCGCAGAUUCUUUCACAAUCAAGGAAGUGAGAUCUGCUAAGGGAAAAGGCACUGGGAUUCCGCAAUCACUCCGUGCUGCUGCCCGUGUGCUAUCUUGCAUCUCUCCUGAAGAGCUGAAUGAUAUGGAGGAGGAAGCCACCCAAAAUGAUGGCCGGCUUGGCCGACGUCCUUUAAAGAACAUCACCAGGGAAAUACAAGCACAUCAGUUGUUGCUAUCAAGUAUCACCAAAUUGAUUGACCAAUACAAUGCAUCUGCGAAGUUAAUGAAGCCUACUGGUUGUCCUGCAAGCAAAAGAGAUGGCAUCCGUAGGUUGAUGGCAUGUGAGCUGCUGGCUGGUGAACUUCGUAUUCUGAAAUCUGCUGCUUCAUGGCUAGAAAACUACACAACCAACCUGUGUGACGAGAUAAAACUGGCUGGAGGCUUUGUUAGUCGGUGAAACAAUUGAGUAAGUAGACAAUUUCCAUGUCAGAAAUCAAAGGGAGCACCAGUGAAGCGAGAAACCCAUUGCUUGUAUUUUGAUGGGUGCGUGCAAAUAUCUGAAUGCAGCAGGCAGCCAGUCAGAGCCUUCUAGUUUGGGUGCCUGCAAAUCAGGUGUGCGGAUUAUCUGUUUCUCAUGUUCUAUUCUUCAGAGUUAGAAGAGGUCAUCCGUUAUCCACGCACGUUAAGCUCCCUUAAUGCGGAUAAGCAUCUGGUUUCUGAAUCAAUGUCUUGAGUUUUGGUACCCAUGUUGAUGAAUUUGAAACCUUACCUUCUUCCUUCGGGUCAGGAGCUCUCUAUGCAUAUUUUUGUUUGCUUGGCCGUUCCGAUAAAUGUUAUCCGCUUGGGUCGUUACGUUGAAGCUUUGAUUUGUC